GAACCGACUCUGAACAACCUGGUCCGUGUUUGUUCUGCUGCUGCCUGGACAGACUCUGGUUGAAGAUCCUUAGAAACACUGUGAUCACAUCCUCAGCUCUGCUGUAAACCACCUCAUCCUGCCUCGUCAGCAGCUCAGAGACUAAAGCAGCCGCCUACUCAUCAUCAUCAUCAUCAUCUGUGGAUCUCUUUGCUCCACAUAACAACAUGGCCAAUAACAGAAACGUCUCACCUAAAUAUGAGGACAUCAUCUCCAAGAGCGAUCUGCUUCGUCCAGGAUCUCCUGCUGUCUACCAGCUGAGAAUAAAGAAGAAGAUCUUUGGAAGUCUGACAAGAAUAACUGUUGGUAAAAGAAAUGUGAACAAGUUGAACAAAACCAUUUUACUUGUUGGAGAAACAGGAGCAGGAAAAUCUGCUCUGGUCAAUGCUCUGUUCAACCACAACAUGGGAGUGAAGUGGGAGGAUGAAGUCUGGUUUCAGAUCGUAGAGGAGGAUAAGAGGAAAAGUCAGACAGAAAGUCAAACAUCAGAUGUGAUCGUGUACGAGUUUUUUGAUUUUGAAGAUGAAACUCUGCCCUACCCUCUGACCAUCAUCGACACUCCUGGAUUUGGAGACACCAGAGGAGCUGAACACGAUGUCGUCAUCAGCCAAAGGUUGUUGGACUUGUUUAGAUCAGAUGAUGGAGUUCAUGAAGUUAACGCCGUGGGUCUGGUGCUGAAGGCGAGUGACAAUCGACUGAGUGACCGACAGAUGUACGUCUUUGAUUCAGUGAUGUCUCUGUUUGGAAAAAACCUGGAGGAAAACAUCGUAGCUCUGAUCACACACUCAAACGGACUGCCCAACAGAAUUGCAAUUCAAGCCAUUGAAGACACAAAAAUCAAAUGUGCCAGAAAUGAGAAGAACCAGCCCGUUCAGUUCUUGUUCGAUAACUGCCUGAACACAGAGAGAACAGGAGACACAGAGUUUGCUUUACAGUAUGCCUGGGGAGUAACGAGUAGAGGGAUGAGUCGGUUCACUACCUUCCUGGAAAAAACUGGACCUCAGAAGCUGCUAGUAACCGUUGAAGUGUUGAACGAACGCGUCAGACUGGCAGCCUGCAUCCAAAACCUGCAGGACAGAAUCGAAUUCAUUGAACAAAAACAGACAGAAAUCAGACAGACUGAAGAAGCUCUGAAGAAACAUGAAGAAGAGCUGAAGAAGAACAAGACCUUCACUGUGGAAGUUGAUGAGCCCUACAAAGAUAAAGAACCUAUCAAUGGCGGGAUGUGGUUUUUGGUGUUUUAUAAAGGAGCUGUCUGCUGUACAGUCUGUGAAGAGAACUGUCACUAUCCUGGAUGUACAAUGGCCUGGAAACCUGAACACUGUGAGGUCAUGAAAGAUGGACGCUGCACCGCAUGUACCAACAAGUGUCCUGCAUCAGAUCAUGUGAAAGAAAACUGGAGAUAUGUGACCAGGACAAGGAAAGUGAAGAAGACUGAAGCAGAAAUGAAGCAGAAGUAUGAAGAGAAUCAGGCAGAACAUGAGAUGAAGUCGAGUCUGUUGGAAAAUCUGAAAAAAGAAAUGAAUGAGCUGACAGAGGAGAAGUCAAGGAGGCUGCAGGAGGCCUACAUACAUGUUGCCAAGCUGAAGCAGUNGUCGUCGUGUGUAGACUGUGGAGCAGCUGCUGUUGUGUCCUGGCUGUGUGCUGUGAAGUCAGAGGACUGUUUCACCUUCAUUGCCCAUGUGAGCAUUGAAGUGCCCCAGAAGAACUAUGGAUUCCCCAGGUGGCACUUUUUCCAGGACACCACCCAGAGACUCCAAGAAGGCCGGAUACUCUGA